AUGUCCGCCUACCCAGGAGCACCGAAUGGACACAAUAAUAAUAAUGGUUACAAUUCCUUACCUUUGCACGGCCCAUCAAUUCCAUCACCAAAUGACCCAUUGAUGUCCCAUAAUCAACAAAUUCAACAUCAACAUCAACAUCAACAUCAACAUCAACAACAACUGGGACAACAGCUCGGCAUAUCUGUCGCACCAUCAUUUCAAUAUGAUCCUCAAUCUAUGGGAGCUCCGCAGGGUCAGCAAUCGCCACAAAUGCCCCAAAUGCCUCAGAUGCCCCCACCGAUGCCACCGAUGCCACCAUACAAUGAUGGAAUGACAAAUGGUCAUGAUGGUUUGCCCAUACAAACUGGAACACCACCAUCUAUGAAUGGAAACGGAGAAACACCAAAAGGAAAUAGAUUAAGGAAAGCAUGCGAUUCAUGUAGUAUCAGAAAAGUGAAGUGUGAUGAAUCUGGUCCUCCAUGUCGAGCAUGUGCAGCAUUAGAUAUCCCAUGUACAUUCGAGAGACCAAGUCGUCGAAGAGGUCCGCCAAAUCGACAUGCGGAAGCUAUAAAAAAGAGAAGACUCGAAUCUCCAGGUGGUGGUAGUGGAGUUUAUUCCUCUCCGACAUCUCCAAACAAUGUUGCUGCGACACUGGCAUCCUUCUCUUCACAUGCGGUUCUCUCUGCCGAGUCGAUUUUGCCUCUCAAUACUCUCGAGCUCUUAAUCGAUGACUUCUUCACCUACAUACAUCCACUUGCCCCCUUCCCACAUGAGCCUUCAUUCCGAAUCGCAUUUAAAAGUCGAGAAGAUUUACAAAAUCCAUCAUUUCUUGCCUUGGUGGCAUCCAUGGUCGGAAUACUGGUGGCAUCAUUUCCGAGAAAGCCUAGGCUCCACCUGAAAGCUCAAAACCGAGAACAUCUGUUCCCAAAUUCACUCAGCUUAGUCAGAAGAUGUCAUAAAGUAGCAGUUGAAGCUAGGGGAGCUGGAUAUCUCGACAAGAAUCUUUCGGUAUAUGAUGCAGCUACAAGUUAUUUUCUGGGAUUGGCAGGUGCAUAUAUAUUUGAUUGGAGACAAUGUCGAUUGUAUUUUGGAGAGACAUUAAACAUUGUAAGAAUGUUGGGCGCUCACAGAUCUAAGAAUCCAGGCAUGAUGGUUACUAUGGGUAAUUUUCCUGCUACAUUCGGUGCAGAAAGCCCUCAAUAUGUUGAUCAGCCUGAACCUGUUGAUUAUAUUCGACAGGAGAUUGGCAGAAGACUCUUCUGGGUCAUGUUUGUUGGUAUUCGAUCCAUGCAACAACUAGGUGCGACAUUCGGUGAACUCCUGAUUCCGCCACCAACUCCAAACGACCCAUAUCCUCCACUGCCAGUAGAAGUGGACGAUGAGUACAUUUGUCUUAAUUCCAUCGAACCACAACCUGAAGGUGUCUUGUCAAGACUUGCUGGAUUCAAUAUGGGUAUUCGGAUCUACAUGACAUGUACACCUCUUGCGACAAUGGAAAUGGCAUAUGGUAUCGAUCAAGUCUUCGACUAUCAACGUCAAAGAAAAGUACUCUCACAAUGUCUCAGUGCAGUAAAGCAUGUUCUGGAAAUGUUACCAAAUGAUUUGAUGCUCCCAACAACCCCGGAAUCGGGAGAUUUUGGUCACCGCGAUGAAGCCUAUUAUCCGCCUAUGACAGAUCUUCCAGGUGUCCGUGCAAAUGUAUUCGAAGGACAGGCUUGGAGUGAAGUUACAGGAGACGAGAGGAGGAAAGUACAAUUCGACAUACAGAAAGCCAAUAUCUACGCUAGCCAGCUGGCCACCAGGUCAUAUGUCGUCGAGAAGUAUUGGAACCUUCAAGAUGCCUACGAACAGUUCAAAGCUAAAGCAGGAGGUGUGGAGGAUCUCAAACUAGGAUCUCCAGGUCUUAUAGCAAGUGGUUUAGAUAGAAUGCUACCACAAUCAGCAUCGGAAGAUUCAAUCGAGUCUAAUGUGAUGAAUGAAAGAGAAAGCAUUGUAAAGGAUUUGCUGAAGGCGCUGAGUUGUAUUGAACAAGUUAAUAUGGAGCCCAAUGGUGGCAGUUUUGUUAACAAAAUCCGCCAAAUAGCUUCAACUCUAGUCGAUACACCGCAAAACCGCAAAGGACCUUUUGCGUUACGCACGGAGGUGUACCUAGAAAAAUUCCUGGAAAUCCUAAUGAAACUCGAGAGAGCUAAUCCAGGCAGUGCUAGGAGUGAGAGUGCUGAUGGUGUGAUGGAUGAAGAGGAAGAAUUGAGUAACUGGGCGGAUCUCAGAGAAUACCAGACAAGAUUCGCUCAAUCGGGAGGAUUCCUCAAUGAGUUGUAG